GCCCAAUGUUAUUGCUUGUCAAAGUUUCGGAGUUCGGAUUAUUUUUGUUUACUAUUUUUAAGUAGCAAAAAUCGCGAAAAUAUUAUCGAUUUUUAUCAAAAAUCCUCAAAAUGUUGUGCAGGCAAGUCAGGCCCGAAACAAACGGGAUCGAACAGAUCUACAUAAUUAAAUCGGAAAAUGGCGAAGAAGUUGAUGGCAAAACCGCCGAUGGAAAAGUUCCGGCCAGUCUGGCCAUGGAUCCGGAAGAGGUGGACGUCAAGCAGGAACCACCGAGCGACGAUGAGCAGCCGGAGGACAUUCCCUUGGCGCUCAAUCCGGAUUUCAGCAUUUUGGAUGUGAUCAUAAAGGAGGAGCCGGAUGAGUUGGAUGGAAGUGGAAACGUUAAGCCAAGUACCAGCAGGAAAAGAGUUAAGGCGGUCAAAAAAGUUGUAAAAGCAGAAGAGGAAGAAGGGAGUGCUGAUUCCGGGGAUAGCGAUUAUAAACCACAAGAGUCCAGUUCCGAUGAUUCCGUUAGCGAUGAUGAUGAAACAAAGGGGAAAGAUAAAAAGACUAGAGAGUCGAAACGCGACGAUGAUUCUGAUUCGGAUAGUUCCGGGGUGGAUGACCCCUACGUUCCUCAAAAGAAAAGCAAGAAAAAGAAAGAAGAUAACGACGAUGACGACGACUCGUCGGAUAGCUCCGGUGUGAAUGAUCCGGAUCCGGUCCCCCGGAAAAAGAGGGCGAAGAAAAUAUGCUACAACAAACGGAAGAAAUAUCCGGGGGAUCCUCCCAUCAGGCAGCACGUUAUCAAGCGCUUUGUGUGCCACUACUGCCCGACAAAGUUUGCCACUUUGUACAAUAAGGAACGCCACGAAAAGAUGCACGAAGCAAGUAUGCCUCCGGAGAAGCGCAUCCACAGGAAGCAACAUUUUUGCUAUGUCUGCAAGAGGGAGCACCUGACCAAGGAAGAAUUGAACGAUCAUCUGUGCAACCAUGUGGACAUGUUGCCAUUCAAUUGUACGCAGUGUGACGACCAGUCCGGGAUGCAUUCGGUCCGUAUGAUGAACAGACACAUGCAGCUGCACGAAGAAAUGCUCGGGGGAAUCAUCGAGUGUCGAUUCUGUGCGGCCCGGUUCCAUUCCCAUGCCGGGUGUCGGGAACAUGAAAAAGGGCACGUCAACGACGAGGACUUGGAGGAGGCCAAAGCGCGAGCCGAAAUCGAGAGCAAGAGGCUCAAUGUGAAGAUCAUCAUCAAGGACGGGUUGAAGCGCUACCAGUGUGAGUACUGCGACAAGAACUACUCCCUGGUGGCUUCCCUUCGGCGACAUGUCAACGAGCACACGCUGGAGAAGGUUUACGUGUGCAAAACGUGCGGCAAAUCGUUCAGCAAGUGCUCGGCCUUGACGCUGCACGAGAGAAGUCACUCGGAUUUCGCUCCGUACAAAUGCGAAACGUGCGACAAAGCUUUCAAGGACGUGAUACGCCUGGUUCAGCACAGACAUCUCCACACCGGGCAAAAACCAUGCGUCUGUCACUGCGGAUUGUCGUUCAUCAAGAAGGGAGGACUGAACAAGCAUCAACGCAAAUGCGUGAUACCGAAGGAUUUGGGAGCGUGUACGUGUCGCUUCUGCCAAGGCGAGUAUCCUUCCUAUCUGGAGUUGAUCAAACACGUCAAAGAGACCCACGAGGUGGACAUGGAAGAAGCAAUCAUGUGUCGGCAGUGUCCGAAAAUGUUCAAAGAUGCCGUCCAGUUGGUCAAUCACGAGAUCCAACACCAGCUGCCGACGGCUAUCAAGUGCACCAAGUGCAGCCGCAUAUUCAACAACACAUACAACUUGGAACAACACAUGCAGACCCACGUGGAAUCGUUCGUCUGCGACGUUUGUGGGAAAACGUUCACCCAGAACGUCAACUUGCGCGUUCACAGACGACUGCACUACAGUAAGCGAUCGCACGUGUGUGACCUUUGCUCCACAGCUUUCAUAUGCCCGGCCAUGCUGCGAAAGCACAGACUGAAACACUACAAUCCGAGGAGCAAGUUCUACAUUCCAAAUUUACCCAACGAAAACGAACAGGACGAGUCGAUUGGGCUGGACGGGAUCGAAGCCGAACAGGAUGAAUCGAUCGGGCUGGAUGGCAUCGAGGGCGAGAACGAAGCCGAGGACGCGGAGGAGGAGGAAGAUAUAUCGCUCUGCGAACCGACGAUGACGACCACCGAGGAAGCUUUGUAAAUCGUAUGCUGAUAUCUAUGUCUGAGUACUAUUUUUUCCAGCACUGGAAAUUUGGGUUUAUUUAAUCGAUUGGUCAUAUAAUUUAACUAGAACAUACGUGAUUACAAAAGAAAUAUCACGAUGAAGACGGUUGAGUGUUGAGCUCUAAUGCAACUGGGAUUCAAGCUGGUUAAAAGAUUCUGGUUUAUUUACUUUCAUGAACACUUUCACAGAUAGAGAGACGUAUCAUGAAGAUAGAACUUUUGAUAAAAAUGAUACUAAUGACCGUUUUUCAGAUAACGUGAACAAAUGAAUUGUAGAGUUGCCCAAGUAGUUAUCUACCCAAUUCAUUACUACUUCGUUUGCAAUUUCAAAUUUAUUCGUCUAAUACAUAAGUUAGAACUCUUGAAAAAGCGAUAAAUUUCUUCGGGCUCAUAUUAUUCUACAUUUACUGUACGGAUUGUAAUAUAUAUGUAUAACGGGGCACUAGCCAAUGAUAUGAAAUACAAACGCGUAUUCAGUAGUA